AUGCGCAUUUUCCUCCUUCCCAUCUCCACCCGUCACUCCCUCAUAUACUGCCAGUGCAUCUCCAAAUCUAAUCUCGGUCAACACUCCGUCUUUGACGGCCUCGUGAGGCGCGUUGAAAGCCAGGCGCUGCAGACAUUGGUGAACUGGGAAAACAUAUCCGGUGGCUGGAAGAAGAAUUCAACAGCCACAGAUAAUCAGCUUCUGAAACGGAUCCCGUAUCAAGAAUGGGGUCUGAAGAGUAUCCCGCCCUUGAGUAGGAAACGACGCGUGGAUAUCGUGAAUGGGAAGGUCAAGAGUGUCGAGGUGUUGUUUCCGGCACGCUUCAUGAGUGAAGAGAAGUUGAGGGAGACGUUGGAGCGGUACGCGCUUCAGGGCCAGUCGAGGCAUUCGGAUCGCAUGUUUUGGAGUUAUGCUGGCCUGCCGUUUGCGAUGCCUUUUGCGUUGGUACCGAUAAUACCUAAAUUUCCACUUUUUUACUUAGUGUUCAGGGCAUGGUCGCAUUGGCAAGCAUUCCAUGGAUCCCGUCACCUCGAGUUACUUCUUAAGAAGAAUGCUAUUAGACCUUCGCCAUCUACGGACCUGGACAAGAUAUACGGCGUUGAUCUUAUCCAUCAAGACGGUUCGUCCUCCGGUGCCGAUCAAGGACUCCGUACGGAGCGCUGGCGACUCUGGGUUGAAAGGGAGACUAAAGACAGCAUGAUACUACAUCCCGGGAUGGGAAAGCUCAUCGGAGAACACUUCAAGAUCCCCGAAAUGGCAUCUUUGAUCGAGUGGGCAAUCGAGCGAGUGGAGAAAGACAUAAGAGAAGGAAAAGAAGAU